AUGCGUAUCCAUCCUGCUUAUGCAUGUUGGUCCUACCUCACCCUCAUGGCAGUCUUGGGGCGGUGUAGUGUCGGACUAGACUUGGACGUGGAGGAAUAUGGACUGAUGAUGACAAAGAGGAAGCUAAAGUGUGGUGACGAUGGUGAUGAAGGACUGGAAUUUGGCGGCUUGGAGGGAUACACGUCGACUCACCCAGAGUGGGACACUGAUGGGAAUCAACAUCAAGAAGAAGAUAGUCGUACGGGAGCGGAUUGCAUGGAGAAGGACUUGAACGAGGCUACAUCAGAUCUGCUCCAAAUACUUCCCUUAUCAACUCGUGGCAAUGCGUCAGCCACUGAUACAAAGCCUCAGUCGAAAUCUCCAUCUACUGACGACGAUGCAGUUAACCGGGAAUGGGAAAAUGUCCAUGUCCCAUCCGCGGAUAGUCUUGAGUGGGGGAAGACUGUGCACCCUAAUACCACUCAAUAA